CCUGGAGAAACUUUGGCACCAGUUUACCUGACAGGAGCUCACUGGGAGAAAGUAGCACACGAGUGACAGCCGCACAGAGAAAUGAACCCUCAGGCUCCACAUGCAGCAGGUCUUGACCCUGCCGUGCUGAGAGACCAACUCUUCCAACUAUGGAACUGGAAAGAUCUGCAGAUGCUCCAUUUGGUAGCCUUCGAGGGAUUUCCCAGGCUGUCUGAUCCUCUGGAGGCCUUGCUAACAAUCGUGGAGGGCUGUCCGGGCAGACAGAGCGGCCGGAGCCACACCCUCGGCCACCACAUCCUCAUGGAAUUCCAGAGGUGGAUGAAGGAGCAUCCUCAGGUCUCCCUGAGUUCACUCUCAGAGCAGCAAGCACUGGAGCUCCAGCGUCGUGCUCUGCGUUUACCAGCGGAAGCCCAGGCCAGCUUUUUCGAGUGCCUCAUAAACAUCUACCAGCUCGGCUCCCUGGAUCCAGCCGAGCUCAGACUGCACUUUGGGAAGCUACAGGCUCUCAGCAGCUACAAAGAGGCAGCUAUUCUCUGCAUAAAGCUUAACUUGCAGAAGGAAGUGAAUAUGGAGGAGAUGUGCAUACCGUUAAUCCUGCAGGAUAAGCUGCCAAUGGCAGAGUCCUUCGUCACGGGCCACAAUCAUCUGGAACAACAGCUUGUCACACUGCUGGACUCCUGGUGCAACCCCAACUUCAGUGUAGAAGAGUUAAAGAAGCAGUUCCCUCGGCUCUCCCUGUCCAAACACACCAUGGGCCUCAUCGCACCCAAAAUGCUCGCCAAACACAUCCUAAGACUUGCAGAGAAAUUCAACAUCGACCAAGGUCUGUAUCCCAAUGCUCUUCACAAGAGGAGACUGGACUCGUUGCGGUUCCUAAUGUACAAGAGGUUUGUGGAGAAAACCAUGACAGAGGACAACUGGAGUGACCACGUACAGAGUGUAGUGGCAGAUGACCUUGAGCUGCAGAUACAAUUGGUGGAGAUGUUGGUGAAGUACCACGGUGUCCAGAAAGCCGCCCAGUGGUCCCUGAAGUACAACAUCCCCAGAUAUCGACUUCCCUUCGGGGUAUGGGAAACACAGCAGCGCCUACCACCUGAUCUACAACAGAUCUGUCCGAGUGGUUCCGCACAAACUGAGGAGUGGAUAUCGUCUGAGAAUCAUACUCAAAGGUUCUACCAGGUGCCACUCACUAAAGACAAGGUUUCCUUUGUGGGCACGGCAGAAGCUCUCCAGAGAUGUCGAAACAUUGUGCUGAAGGAAGGUGGCGUAGUGGGUAUUGACAUGGAGUGGCAGCCCACAUUUGGCUGCAUCGUAACUCAGCAAGUGGCCCUGAUACAGCUUGCAGUUACUGACCAGGUUUUUUUAUUGGACCUCUGUGCAAACGGAUUCUGUCAAAACCCAGAUACCUUGAGUUUCCUCAGGAGUUUGUUCUCGGCAAGAAAUAUCCUUAAACUGGGUUACGGAAUGAGUGGGGAUCUCAAGUGUCUGUUGGCCACCUGGCACCAGUUUGUAGAUGAGCCACUGAAGAUGGAGGGGGUGCUCGAUCUUCUCAAUGUACACCAAAAGAUCCAGAGGAGUAAGGUCAAGAGGACUCAGAAUGGCCCUAGUGAGGUGCUGGUCGGAGCAGACUCUCCAGAGAAAGGCCUCAGUCUGCUGGUACAACAGGUCCUGGGAAAGCCCCUGGACAAGGCGGAGCAGAUGUCCAACUGGGAGAAACGUCCAAUGCGCAUCAGCCAAAUUAGAUAUGCAGUGGCAGAUGCCUACUGCUUGCUGGAUGUGUACUCAGUCCUCUCCAGGAACCCAGCAGGCUACGGGCUGCCGGCUGACCUGCGCAGCAUUUGUUCAAGCCAGUCAGAGAAGAGCGGAGACAAGACGCAGAAGAAGAAACUGGCCAAGCAGAAGAAACAGACCCUCGAAGAGGAAUGUCAGGGGGCUCAAAGGGUCAGUCCCCCUCGCUCUGACACGGAGAAAGGCCUCCUGUGUGGCGAGAAACCCUCAGAAUACCCCCCUCCUCUGCUGCCCCAGCAAUUGCGGGUGGUGUGCGACAACAUGCUACAGGGACUUGGGAGGUACCUGCGCUGUCUAGGAGUCGAUGUGAUCAUGUUGGAGAACACUGAUGAUCACAGAGAAGCAGCAAGGUUAGCACAAGCUGAAGGCCGCGUCAUACUCACAUGUGGACAACCGUUCCAAAGUUUGCGUUCCCAGGUGGGUGAGGGUCGCUGUCUGGCCCUAGAAUGCACAGAGAAGGCCAGAGACCAGGCUGUCCGAGUCCUCAGACACUUCAACGUCCAGCCCACUCCCAGCGAUAUAUUCAGCCGCUGCCAGGCGUGUAACAGUGAUCAGUAUGCGGCAGUGCCCAGAGAAGACAUGGUCAGGAUGCUUAAACAGAAAGGAUUUCUGCAGGACCCGGACACUGAACACACACAACAGACGUCCCAUCAACAGGAAGAGGAGAAGCUUGGUGACAUCUUGACCCCCUGCAUGACCCCUGAACCCCCCAGGUAUGCUCUUCAGUGUCGCUGGGCCCCUCUCUCCGGGCUGGACCCCGACACCCUGACCUUUCCCGGGGGGGCGCCCAUACAGCUCCACGCCGUGCCCCCUGCCCUCCUGCCGAGGAUACCGCUCUUCUAUGUCUGCACCAGAUGUGGCAAGGUGUUCUGGGAAGGCUCUCACUUCGGCCGCGUCCUCUCCAUGUUCCAGGAGGUCUUACAUGUAGCAGAUGAGGACACUGAUGCAGUUGCAGCAGCUCAACUGAGCUGACUGACAAGGAGCUCAUGCGGUUUACAAAAAAACCAUCCAGAAUAAGACACAUACCACCAAUUCAGUUGCCUCGUAGAUUACAGUAGUUCUGUUUAGUUGUAGUUCUGAUUAACUUGAUAUCAUAAUAAUAAUAAAAGAGGCGUAAAGACGACAGAUUUAGUCCGAUGUUUCAACUGCAGCUUUAGAUUUGUAUCGCGCAUUAUUCUGACAAAUAAUAUAAGUCCUCAGAAGUCCUACCUCCUCUUAGCAAUCAGGUACUGCUACAGUUCUCGAAAAUCUCUUCCACACCUCAAUGUUCCUUAUGAUAAGUGCGUAGGCAGAGCAGACACGCCCAAGGUAGAAUUAACACCCACACACUUGCUCCAUAAAGAACCUUCAAUUCAACGUUACAGUCGGGUGUUGACUGAAAUGUUGCAUUAAAUGACUCAUCUGGAGCUAAAACCUGAAAGACAUACAAAGAAAUAAUAGGUUAAUCAUCAUUAUUAUUUGCCUUUAUGGAUGAACGGUUUUUGACACACCUUUUGUCGUCCUAAGCCUUUUUUCCAUAGUGUAUAUUUUAAUGUGCACAUUGUUCUUUAAAUCAGUUGUGUUUCUGAUUUUAAUUUCAAUGAUCCAAAGAUGGUUCGUGUUCUGAUUUGUUUUUUUAUUGUAUUCAUUAUUGUAACCUCGUGCAUUCAUUGUGAUUUACGGUUUGAAUCGGAUUGAGACAAUUUCUCUGAUUUUUUUUUAAGUUUGUUUUUAAUAAAAUAGUUUUGACUUUAAAGCUACGGUUAAACGAUGCCAGGACUCUUUUUCAUAUUUUGCUGUCCGCUUCUGUACACGUUUAUUCUCUAUGAUAACAUUUGUAUAUAUUUUUUUAUUAUUUAGGUGAAAACGUUAAUAUGUUAAUAAACAAAAGUUUUCAUCUAAAUUAUU